CUCCAUUCGAAUCCCGUGACCAUGUUCGGCUCAACAGCAACUUCAUUCGGCGCUCCGGCGGCCACAACAGCACCAGCGACGGGGUUCUCGUUUGGACAGACGCCCAGCACGCCAGCUUCUAAUCCUCCGACUGGUGGAUUUUCUUUUGGUGGCGCCGCGACGACUCCUGCCGCUGCACCAACAACGGGCGGCGGCAACGCGUUCUCUUUCGGAAGCACCACUCCCGCACAGCCGGCCAAUUCGACAGUGAGUGGGUUCUCAUUUGGCGGGUCCGCUCCUGCGUCCACCGCGGCCACCGGAACUAGCACCACACCAGGUUUCUCCUUUGGCGGCAGCAGCACUCCCGCUGCAACUGCUGGUUCAACCACAACAGCUCCGUUUUCGUUCGGGGGUAGCACCACACCAGCUGCGCCUGCAACUGGCACAUCCACGGGCUUUUCGUUUGGUGGAAGUACGAACCCUGCCGCAACGACUACGACCACGGCGACUCCAUUUUCGUUCGGGGGCAGCACGGGAGCUCCAGCGACAGGUGCAUCCACCGGCUUCUCUUUCGGUGGAGCAAGCACAACCCCAGCUGCGCCGAGUGCAUUUUCCUUUGGGUCUUCCUCUGGCUUUGGCAACACUGCCAACAACAAACCGACCACAUCUGCCUUUGGCUUUCCUGCGGCUACGACGACCUCGAAUCCUGCGAACGCAUCUAUGAAUGCUGCUGCGUUCGCCGCCGCCAACUCGCCGCUCGACAGCUUAAACGGGGUGCGCAUGGCAUACACGGACCCGUUCCAGUCUCGCUUCAAGCACAUGUUCUACAACGCCGUCGACCCCUCGCAGAAGCACUUGUACAGUCGCCCACCCCACGUUGGCGAGAAGCUGUGGAUUCAGGCACAGCGUGAUAACCCCGAUCCGGCCAACCUGGUCCCGGCUGCCGUCGUCGGCUUCAAGGAGCUCUCGACGCGGAUUCAGCUGCAGCAGGCGCACAUCAAGAAGUUUCACGGCUAUGCCAAGGAUUUGGUUGUGCAAGUUCAAGAGAUGGAAAAGGCAUCGCGCAACACAGAUGUCAAGCUCACGCAGUGCCGGCAGCAGCACAUCGCGCUCUUCCAUCGACUUGUCCAGCUCAUGCGCAAGCUGGAGCUGUUCAAGCAACUUCGAAAGCCUCUCCACGCGAAUGAACACCACUUGGCAGCAACAUUGAAACACGUGCAGAGCUUGCUGGACAACCCGACGCAAUUCAAGGCGCACAUGCACGAACUCAUGACGCUGCAGUCCCUUCAAGCAGCGCUACCAACGCAACAACGACCAGAUGCCCCCCUCACAGAGGAGGAUUUGGCCACAGUCUUCCGGGUGCUCGACAAGCAGCGAGAAGGCCUCGAACACCUGACCCGAAUCUUGAACCAAGACAUGCGAGACGUUCAAAUCAUGAAGAAAGCACUGGAAGACGACAGUGCGUGAACACAGACGAACUAGUGGUCCCGAAUGAGCGCAGUCGGUAGAUGAUUCAUAGGUGUAUUAGUACACAAACGUCCACCUUCUAUCUACAACAGAUCGACGCAUGACAGUCACAUUACCAA